AAGCAAUUCAGAUGGCAGACACAACUUAAAGGCUUAGAGUGACUGUAAUGGUGUACUAAUUUCUUUACAUGAGUGACUUUUAUGAAGUAUGAAGUAUUAGAAGUAUUCAGGGAAGUAAAGAGUUUUCAGCACAAGAUACAGUAUGUGUGAUCUCAAUCAGAUGGCAUAAUCUGCGCUGUUCUUUUCACUGUAUAUCGACAAUGGAAUCAAGUGUGCCACUACAAGAUCAGAAUGCCAGAACACAGGUUCAAGCUGACAGUAAGCCGAAAAUAUUUCCACGAGACUCUGAGGGGACUCUACUGUAUGCGCGGCAAGGGCAGCGUCGUCCGCAAACAGCAUCUCUCUUCGGUAACCUUGCUCUGGUCCAUCAGCGGGUGAGGUUGGACAAUUUCCUGAGAAGAAGAUGCCAAACAAGAAAUUUACAGUUUAGAUGACCUGGUGCAUUUUAAACCAGCGUUUCAAACACAGUUUAAAAAAGCGUCACAGUUCUUGGAGUCUGUGGAAAGCCUUCGCCAUGAAAUAGCAUUGAAAAUGUGGGUAAUGGAACAGGGAUUUGAAGACACAUAUGUCACCAAACUUACCAGGCACAGUGUUGUUGGGCUCCGACAGCUUCAUGCCUUGAGCGACGAUGACAUGAUGCGCAUUGCGGCAGAUGAUAAAUCAUUGAAUGAGUACAAGAUGCUCCAGAAAUGUGUGAAAAAACUGAGGACAUAUGGCUCAGAUGUGAAUCAAGUUGAACAAGACUUCCUGGACCAUCACAAGUUUGGCUAUGUACCUGAUGCCCGUUCCCAUGUUUAUUCUGGCUGGACUGUCAUUGUUAUGGUGUUCUCUGGGCUGAUUGUGACCUUCGUUACAGUGUGGAUUAUGUUCAUUAACAGACUGCUCAGCACGGAAGGUCCACUACAAAGUCUCUCCACGCUCUCCAAGAAAUCGCUGUUCUACCUGAGCGGUCAGUAUGACAUCGUUCAGAACACCAAGGUCACGUGGAACUGGGAGGAGCCUGAGGUCGUCGGCAAGACUAUGACCUUUAGUGUCAGGUUCUUCCAUAAAAGCACCGCACCGUACCCAGUGUCAAACAAGGACAACAUUACUGUGGAGAUUAGCCAUGCAGGGUCAGAGGUCACCAAGACAAUGACCUUGGGAGGGGUCAACCAGGAAGAUGCAAAUCUGUUGAAAGUGUCCUUCACUGUGCAUAAAUCAGGAGAAUACACCAUCUGUGUCAUGAUUGGGGGACGGCAUAUCAAGGGCAGUCCCUUUACAAAGAAAUUUGAAGCAGGGCCUAUAGAUGCCUCCAAGACUGGUUUCAUGAACUACACGUCCACGGUUGUUUGCACGCCUGAGUCAUCCUACCCACUGACCAUUGAGGCUAGGGACUCUUAUGGGAAUAUUGCAGCAUAUAAACCUGGCCAGAACAACUACUUCAAGAUAAGAGUUGCUGAGUGUGGAACAAAUGAGAAAUAUUUUCCUCCAACACAGAUAUUCUACAACUCCAGGCAAAAGCAGCUAACUAUGCAAAUCAAAAUGGAGAGGGUGGGAUGCUACCAGGCGUCUGUCAGUUAUGGGGACAUAAAUCUGAAAAAUGGCGACUUCAACAUCCUUGUGUUAAGUUCUGAAGACCAUAGCUGUGUGGAGAAGAACAUGAACAAAUGCAACAACAUCUGGUACAAGGCAAGACUCAUAUCCUGCAACAAUGAAAAACUGGCAAAACCAAAAAAGGUCUACAUCUAUAUCACACCAAAGCAACUGAAGUUGAAGGAGUACUUUCUAAAGAUCAUUGGCAAACGGUUGUUUACGUACAGAGUUUGUCCUUCUACAAAGUUCAGCUUCAGUGGUUACAGCAACCAGUUAGCGAGUUAUGUAUUCACCAUAGAUGAUGGAGCCCAGGCCCCUGUGGUUUUAGCUGCCAAGGAUAGGAGCAUUAUAGCAGCAACAUUCACCAAAUUCCUUUUGAAAAAUAUAGGUGGCUCUGAAACAUUCCAAGACAAGCAGACGUUCUUCUAUCAUGAGGUUCGCAAUCUGCAUCUGAGGAAAUCUCACAGCACUACGCUGGUCAAAAUAGAACGAGCACGCCUUCUUCAAAGUUCUUACAAGGCUGUAAAAAGUUUUGACGUGUCAGACUGGUGCAAAAAUUUUGAAAUCUCAUUUGUAGGAGAGCAAGGUUUAGACUGGGGCGGCCUCAGGAGGGAAUGGUUUGAGACGGUGUGUUCACACUUGUUUGAUCCAGCCAUGUCCGGAUUGUUCAAGCGUCUUUCAGACGACAGUCAGGGGUUGGUUCACCCAAACCAGUCCAAGCAUACAGAAGAGGAUCUCAAAAUGUUUGAGUUUGCUGGGAAGGUGGUGGGGAAGUGUUUGUACGAGUCUGCCAGGGGCACAUCACUACGAUCGUCCUACAGGCAACUGGUGAAGGCACGGUUCUCACGGUCGUUUCUUGCUCAAUUGAUAGGUCUCAGAGUUCAUUACAAGUAUUUUGAGACUGAUGAUCCGGAGCUGUACAAGACCAAAAUCAAGUACAUAGAAGAGAACGACAUUGAAGGUAUGGAGCUGACAUUUUCUGAAGAGGAAUAUGUGGUCGGGACAAACGGCAAUCCAGGUUUUGUGAAGGUGAUAGACUUUGUUUUGAACGGCUCCAAGCAGGAGGUGACCAACGAGAACAAGCUGCAGUACCUUGACCACCUGGCCCAGUAUCGCCUUGCCAACGCCGUGCGGGACCAGAUUGACGCUUUCCUCAAGGGUCUCAAUGAACUCAUUCCUGACAACCUGCUCAGUAUCUUUGACGAGAAUGAACUGGAGUUGCUGAUGUGUGGCAUGAGGAAGUACAGUGUGGCGGACCUGAAAACCAAUCAUGUAAUCAAUGGAUCUACUCCCACAUUCCGUAGAGUGUUGGAGUGGUUCUGGACCAUCAUAGACGGGUUCAGUGAUGAGCAGAUGGCGCGUCUGCUGCAGUUCACCACGGGAUGCUCUCAGCUUCCACCGGGCGGGUUUGCAGAGCUUGUUCCAAAGUUCCAGAUAUCGCCAACAUACACAUACAAUACCCUGCCUACAGCCCAUACCUGUUUCAACAAUCUGUGUUUACCGGACUAUGACUGUAUAGAGCAAUUUCAUCGAUCACUAGUCAUCGCUAUAAACGAGGGCAACACAGGUUUUGGUCUUGUGUAAUUAAAAGAUUUAUUCAUUUGCAAUGAUAUCUAUUGAAUGGAGCCUCUGUUAAUUGUGAUAUAGAACAAUAUGAAUUAUUACAUUGUAUAUGUGCAUGCAUAUUGUACAAAUUAUUGUACACUUUGUGCUAAUUGAUAAUUGCAACAAUGUACUUUGAUUUAGCAUUUUUUGCUUAAUCCUCUACCACAUUUUCAGAUAGCAGUUGGAAUUUUUGCAAUACAAUUACAUUACACACUGGUAAAUGUAAAUAUCAAAAUGUUAUAGAUAUUGUUUGUUAACUUUUACUUUGUUGUAUAUGAAAGUAUACAUGUGAUGGCUCUUGAAAACAAAUAUCAUUAAGCAAACAAUUUUUGCUGGGUGCUAUUACAAUCAGAUUGUUGUCUAUGAUUUGCUCAUUUUUUUAAUUUUUCCUUUUGAGUUUCAGUUUAUUGUGAAGGCAAACUUUGCAUUUUGCCUUGCUUCACCAAUGCAUUCCUGUGUGCAAUAUUGUGUAUUGUUGAUUGUAAAACAAUCAUAAUUCCAUUUCUAAUUUAUAUAAUACUGUUUAUCUAAUGAUUUAUAAGCCCUGGGCUAACUUUGCUGUUCAUUUAAAAAUUUGAUAGCUUUCAGAGUGUUUACCAAUUUGCCUUUCAGGGUCCACACAUUUUAUUUAACCUUGACUAUUGAGGAAACAUGUUAAUUACCUUGCAGAAUGAUUAAGAACAUUCCUUAGAUAAAUAUUGUCUUGAUAUUAAAGUUAAAACCAAUCAAAUUUAAUUGAUGUUGUUACAUUUAUCAUAAGUCAAAAAUUUAAGUACAGAAGAAUGUGUGAUUGACAAUGUUCAAAGUAAUUAAAUCUAGCUUAUGUUUAUAUCAUGUCCAUUUAAUUAGUUUUUAUCCCCGCCAAAAAUAUUUUCGGAGGGGAUAUAGUAAAUGGUCCUGUCCGUCCAGCCGAAACUUUGUCCGGAGCAUAACUCCAAAUCUAUUCAAUAGAUUUACUUUAAACUUAGAAUAUAAACAGAUGGCAACUAGGAGAAGUGCAGUGACCAAGAACCAUAACUAUAUCUACCUUAUUUUUUAAUUAUCUCCCCUUUUAUAUAAUUUUAAAGUAAAUUUUUGUCCGGAGCAUUACUCUAAAUCUACUAAAGGGAUUUACUUGAAACUUGAAAUAUAAACAGAUGGCAAGUAGGAGAAGUGCAGUGACUAAGAACCAUAACUAUCUACCUUAGUGUUUGAAUUAUCUCCCUUUAUCUAAUUUCAAAGUAAUUUUUUUCCGGAGCAUCUCCCUUUAUUUGUUUUUACAAAUAUUAUUCUACUCUUUAAAACAAAUGUUGUCAUACAAGCAAACACAUUUUGGCUGGGAUUUGGCACUACUGUGACAAGCUCUUGUUCCAUCUUACGUUUACAAAUUAUUUAAACAUUUUGCACAGCCAGUGUAUUAUUUUAUUGAAUCAUCAUAUAUGAUGUUUUGUAUUAAAAAAUGUCCAAAAAAAUAAAAGCAUAGAAAGCUUAAUAAAUGUAUUCAGAUUCCUUUUGCUUUGCAUCAAAAUUGAUUAUUGAUAAAGUUUUAAUAUCAAAUCAAAAUCCAUUUUUCAGCUUGCUUUUUUAUAUUUUUUAACCUUUGUUACUUUUCAAAUUUAUUAUUCUACCUAAUCAAACUAUCAAGCAAGUCGAUGUAAUUCUUAAUCAAGGGAAAUUUUUUGCUGAGGUAAGAAUGACAUUUCAUGUUGACAGGUGUCAAAUGUUCAGUACCUUGUAUGUAUGACUUGAAUGUAUAGGGUUGGAGUUUGCAAUGGAUUUCAAACCACUUUUAUUAAAUUUCCCAAAUGAACUUGAUCCUUGUUUUUCUUUCAAUUUUUAUGAAAUAAUUCAAAUACCACAUUUUCACAGUAAUUAAAUGCAUAUGUAUGAAACUCUAAGAUGAAAAAGAGAAUUAAAGCAUUGUAAACAAAUACAUUAAGUUUUCCCAAACACUUUUACUGUACACUCGCCUCAUAGUAUUUUUCUAAGCCUUAUUUAAACUGUAUCAUGUGAGAUUUAAGAAAUGGUGAUGUCAAAUUGAAGGAAAGGCUUGUUUUCACUAGAUGUCAAAUAUAUUCCAUUAUCUUCAUGAAACGUGGUCAAAACAUUUGUCCUGAGGACAUCUUGUAAGAGUUUUGUGGGAUAAUUAGGCCCACAUUGACAACUUGGUCGAUAGGUCAAAUUAAAAACCAAGAGGCCCUAUAGGGCCUACCGUACAUGCUCAACUGAGACUUUUAGAAACUAGGUCUAAUGUGGAUAUUUUGGGAUGGUUAUGCAAUAAAUGUGGUUUUAUCUAGAUUGUUUGGUUUUAUCUAGAUUUCUUAUUUAUUUUGACACAGAUUGUAUAUGAUGUAAGACAGUUUUAGAACAAAUUUAAGUGUUUACUGUAAAGAACAGAUAAUGCUUUUGAUGGGGCCAAUUUUGACCCAGGGCAUGGUUUGAACAAACUUAGUAGGGCUCCAAUAAAAUAUGUUACACACUUAAUAUUAAAUCCCUGACUUUUGCAGUUUCUGUAAGAUUGGUAAUGUUAUUAAUUACAUUUGUCAAUACAUAAAUCAUUUAACCUCUUGGUCAAUACAUGAACUUAGAAAUCUAAUAAAGGACCAAUAGCAUAGGUUACACACCAAAUAUUAAACCCCUGACCUGUGUGGUUUCAGAAAAGAGUCUUGAAGUUGUCAUUUAUAAAUUCUUUUAUAGCUCUGGAGACCUGCAUAUGCAAGCGACCAGAAAACGUUGAUAAGUCCUCCUAGAAUCCUGUAGUUUCAUUUAAAUCGGCCCAGUGGUUCAGAAGUCUUUUAUCCGAAAAGUUAUUGGAUGCACUAAGAACUGACAUGAUAUCCAGAAAGCUCCUCAUGAGCACUAUGUUAACUCAGGUGAGCUAAUGAGGGAAGCAAGUGACAUGUAGGAUGGAUUUUUGAAAGCACCGAUAUGAUUUUAACUAACUAGAUACAAAACCAACCUCAUACAUUCUAUGCUAAUUAUCAAACUGUUGCAGUUUAAGAGAUCUUAUACAUAGAUUUUGGUUAAGUGAAUAACCCAUUUCAAGCAUUUGUAAUGUCCAAAUAUUCAAUAAUCAGCAAUAUUUAUGUAUAUAGAAUCAAAGACAUUCUACAUUAUUUUAUUGUUAAUAUGAUUGAUAUUGGUCUUAAAUGUUCUGAAAAUGUUUAAUAUGCCACCAAACUCUUAUAUAACUACAUGUAUCUGUUAAUUAAAAAGGCAAAUAAAGUUGUGUAAGUUG